AUGGAAUAUAGCUAUUGUGAUUUGUGUGCAGCCAAAGACAGGAAAGAAAAAUACAAUUUCCAUAAAAUUCACUAUGUGGUUGACAAUGGGCAGAAAAUUCAUUUUGCUAAUCUCAAAGCUGUAUUGGCCAAAAUGAAAGAAAGCUGGGUUUUAAGAACUGGUCCCCACUUCCAUAUUGGUUUUGGCCGUGUUCUGGGUAUGAGCACCAGGAAAGGUGAGGUUGUUUUCAUGAAAGAUAUUCUGGAUGAAGCUCAGAGCAUUAUGUUACAGAAGAGAAGAGAAACCAGAACAACAAAAGAUGUUCAUGAUGAAGAUGCCGUGGCUGAUAUCCUUGGUAUCAGUUCCAUUUUGGUUCAGGACCUGAAAGAACGACGAAAUCGCGACUACAAAUUUAAUUGGGAGAAGUGUUUGAAUUUCAAAGCCGAUUCUGGUGUCUUUUUGCAAUAUGCACAUGCCAGACUCAACAGUCUUCAACUAACAUGUGGUACCCAAUUAUCCAACCAAGUUGAUUAUAGUCUCUUACAAGAACAGGAUGCUUUUAAGUUGGUUCUCCAUAUUUGCAGAUACGAUGAAGUGCUGCGAGAUACAAUGCAAACAUUUGAGCCAUGUAUUGUUGUGCAAUACCUUUUCCAGUUGGCGCAUCUAAGCAACCAAGCUCACCAUGAGCUGUUGGUGAAAGGUCAACCUGAAGAACUUGCUCAGGCUCGUCUUCUGCUAUUCCAUUGUACUCAGCAGGUAUUAGCAAAUGGACUUCGUCUGGUUGGUGUUCCUCCAUUGGACAAAAUGUAA